AUGAAGAACAGUGCAAGGCUGAAGGAGCUUGGACUUCCUGAUCGCUACACCCCAGUUUUGGAAGGCUAUGUUGGUGUUCAUUCUGACCAGAAUCAAAGUGGAGAUUCGGAGUCCGAGUAUGAUCCUUUAAAGGAUGAUACUGGUGAAGGAGAUUUGAUUGAUGAUGAGAAUGCAAAGCAGUGCUCUAAGGAGAAGACUCGCAAGAACUGUAACAACAAAACUUCAAGUAUCCAGACUGGUGGAGUCAAGUUUCGGUCUCGCAAGAGAGUUUAUGCAGAGCAAAUGACUCCUAAAGUUACAAGGUCAAAGAAAAGCAUUGCCCAACAAGAUGCAAGUCUCACACCAAGUGAUAUUUAUGGCUUCACCCAGCAUGAUGACAACACCCUUGUGGCUGAUUUGAUCAAUAUUUGUAUGCAAAGCUUUCAAUUCAUGAUCAUCUUGGAUCAAUGUUUGCUUCACCUCAAUAAUUUUAGUUUUAAUUUCAACUGCAAUGUACAUUUACAACUAGGGGGAGUGGAGAGAAGGGACCGGGGAAAUAAUAUGGGACGUGGUCUCCAAAGGUUAAACCGAGCGUGCCGUGGCAAGCUGCAAGUUGUCAUAACUGAAGGGAAUAUAAGGCCAGUGGUUCCUCUUGUUGCUGCAAAGUUUGCAACUGAAUGCAACAUCAUAGUUAGGAACCAUGUGCCUAUACUCCCGCAUUGGAAGCUAUACAAGGAAAAACCUGCAUCUGCGUACGUUAAUCUGUUCUUAGGAAAACUAAAGGCCAAGUUUGACAUAAACAUAGAGGAUGAUACAGUUAAAAUGGCUUGUACUGAGAUGAUGAAGUCCGCAGUUCGCCAACAAAGAUACAGGCUGAAGCAAAAAUAUUUUGAUCCUUUUCCACUACAUUUGGUUACAAAAACUUCUCCUGUCAAAUUCAUGAGUAAUGAACAGUGGACUCAACUCCUAGAAUCAUGGAAGAGUCCCCAAAAGAUGGAGAUGUGUCAAAAGAACAAAGAAAACCGAGGGAAUGUUAAGUACCAUCACACAACCGGAUCUCGUGCAUACAUGGUUCAUGUUGAAAAUUUGGAUGACAAAUACAAUGAUGAAGAACCUAAUGCAUUUGAUUUGUUCAAGGAGUUCCACUACAGCAAGAAAAAAAAAUGCUACACCCCUGUUGUACAGGAGGCUAUUACUCGGAUGGAAAACAAGCUAUCUACAACAACAGAAGGUGAAGAACUUAAGUCAGCGGCUCAAGUUGUUGCUGAUGUGCUUGCUGAGAACACCAAGAAGAAUCGGUUCUUGAAGAAUGUGGGGUUCCAUAAUGCCCAGCCUAGAUUCAGUGAGCAGAGCACUGAGACAGAACUAGAAGCGGAGAAAAGGACCAAUGCUGAGCUUCGUGCACAGGUGGCUGAUUUGUCAAACAAAGUGCAAGAAUCUGAGCAGGCAAGGAUUAAAGACCGAGAGGAGAUGAAGAGGAGUCAAUCUGAGAUGGAAGCAAAAGUUAAUCUUUUGCUCAGUCAAAUUCGACCAAGUUAAGACAUGCAUGGUGCAUAUCUUUUGCCUCUAACUACAUGCAUUUUGCUGCUGCUAACUUGUGUCAAGUCAAUUUCGACCAAGUUAAGUCAUACAUGGUGGUAUAUAUUUUGUUGCUGCUACUUGCAUUUUGCUGCUACUGCAUGCUGCAUGAAUCAAGCUGCUGGACUUGUAUGCAUUUCCUGAGUCUGUGUUAUUGGCUGUGUGCACUUUUGUAUGGUAACUGUUGUUGGAUGAAGACUUGUGUAAUGUGAUGCUGGAUGAAAAUUCAUGUGAUAUGUUGUUGGAUGG